AUCAUCUAGUAUCGUAGGAAAACGUCGUGUGUGGACCACACCGUCAACAAUAUAAUAUUGGGGCCACCGAAUGCCGGCAAAAACCAAUUUACUACUUCCUAAGGACUUAAACAAAUAUUUUAUACUUUAAAAGUUUCGGUUAAGGGAUAUUUCAUUCAGGUUAUUUUGAAGAGCACCACCCUGACAGUCACCAAUGGCAGUCGCAGUGCCUAAACUCUCCAGCGGUGCUGUUGUCAAAAUCCGCUACAACAGCAUAGAUGUGGGCACCACUCGAUGGAAGGAGGGGACCUUUGAGGUUCUUGAGAAGGAUAACAAAGUCAACCUGUGCCUGAAGUUCUGUGCUGGUGGUGCAGCCAAAAGUUUCCAGCUCAACCAUAAUGUGAAUAACGUCGUGAUGCAGCCCAUACACACUAUGAGACGAAUUGUGGUGACUCUGAAGGAUGACAGCAUAGUCACCCUUGAGAGAGUUCCCCCUGUUUUGGCUGAGAAAAUGAAAGAUUACCUUGAGAAGCUGAAGCAUGGAAAAUCAACCGUUCUAAAGACCUCCCAGGGAAGUGCCAGCUUUGGUGUGCUCGGGAAUCGAUCCGUAAAGAACGAGACUAGUCAGCCUGGAGAACGACAAACAACACCCAGACGACCCAGUGUGGACAACAGGGAGGAGACGACCACCCGCAAGCCCCUGGGUAGCCCCAGUAGAGGGACCUCCACACCUGCCCGCAGUGGACUGUCUGAGAACAGGAAUGAGAAGAGGAAGAGACUCCACAUCUCUGACAGCGACCUGACUGAGGACUACCCCAAGGAGAAUGACUCAUCCAGCAACAACAAGGCCACGUCGGACCCCUCCAGGAAGUUUCUGCUGAGCUGCAAAGACAAGCUGAAACAGGCGGAGGAGAACCGUAGCUCAGUUUCACUGGUCCCGGCACCACUUCAGCCCACGUCAUUCUAUGGCAGCCGAUCGGUGACCAAAGACUACUCCACGAGUCACUCCUUUCUAGACAGGCCAUCCAGUACAUCCCAGACCCCCUCGGCUAAGAGAAGUCUCAUGUUACCCAAUCACUCAACCCCCUUCAAGAAAGUGCGCCCCACGCUGGACUACGGUGGAUGGAACAAGCCGAGACCGUCCACUCUGGCCCAGCCCCAGCCUCCACUGCAAGGAUUCUCCAACCUGGGCAACACGUGUUACAUGAACGCCAUCCUCCAGUCUCUCUUCAGCCUGCCGUCGUUCUCCAAUGAUCUGCUGAAGCAGGGAAUCCCAUGGAAGAAGGUCCCCGCCAACGCCCUGCUCAGGCGCUUUGCCCACUUGCUGGCUAAGAAGGACAUCUCGUGCCCCGAGGUGAAGAAAGACCUGCUGAGGAGAGUGAAGAGUGCCAUCUCCUCCACGGCCGAGCGCUUCUCUGGAUACAUGCAGAACGAUGCCCAUGAGUUUCUGAGCCAGUGCUUGGACCAGCUGAAGGAGGACGUGGAGAAAGUGAACAAGAGCUGGAAGAGCGAGUCGCCAGCGGCCGCGUGGGACGAGCCUCCCCAGCAGGCGGCCGCAGCCCGGCCCGGGGAGGAAGCGGACACCUCGCGCAUCUACACCUGCCCUGUGGUGGUAAACAUGGAGUUUGAGGUGCAGCACACCAUCACCUGCAAAGGCUGUGGCGAGGUGGUGACCAAGCGGGAGCAGUUCAACGACCUGUCCAUCGACCUGCCUCGCAGGAAGAAGACCAUCCCUCUCCGGUCCAUCCAGGACUCUCUGGACCUCUUCUUCAGGAUCGAGGAAAUCGAGUAUUCGUGUGAGAAGUGCAGCGGGAAAGCGGCGACAGUGACUCAUAAAUUCAGCCGACUCCCCAGAGUUCUGAUCCUGCACCUGAAGCGCUACAGCUUCAACGCCCAGCUGUCACUGAACAGUAAGCUAGGCCAGCAGGUGAUGAUCCCUCGCUACCUCACGCUGCUUUCCCACUGCACGGACGCCACCCGCCCCCCACUCAGUCUCGGCUGGAGCGCACACGCCGCCAUGUCACGAACACUGAAGGCCUCCCAGUCGGUGAACUCCUCCUCACUACUUCGGAAAGUGUCUCUGAAGGCGGGGGGCAGCUCCAGCACUAUCCUGGUGGACUCUGACAGCGAGGAGGAGCUGAGCCGGAAGGCGGUGAGCCGCAAGCGCCGCCUCAGCGACUGUCUGCCCGAUGAAGACAGAGCAGACGAGGUCCAGCGAGGCUUGCACCACACAGAUGCGUCAGACUUCAACAGCAUCAACGAUGAGGAAAUGCUGGCGGCGGUGCUGGAGAUGAGUCGCCAGGACGCUGGGCUCUCCUGCCCCGCCCCUGAGGACGAGCCAACCAGCAGCCCUGAUACGGGCUUCGGAGAUGCCGACCCCGAAGCCCAGGAGAGGAACUACCACCCAGACCUGCUGGAGACGGACACUAAGCCGUCUGCAGACGUGCUGGACUCCCUGGACCUGACCAUGGACGAGAACAAGGAGAACCAGACCCCCGAGGGGGUGCAGGGGGAUCUGGACUGGGUGCAGCAGUAUAGCCUGGAGCAGGAGAGGGAGGAGCAGGAGCUGCAGCAAGCCCUGGCCCAGAGCCUGCAGGAGCACGAAGCCCAGGAGAUGAGGGAGGAUGACGACCUGAAGAGAGCCACAGAGCUCAGCCUGCAAGAGUUCAACAAUUCGUUGCCGGAGCUGCUGUGUUCAGACGAGGACUCUGGGAACGAGGAGGUGCUGGACAUGGAGUACAGCGAAGCAGAGACCGAGGAUCUGAAGAGAAAUGCUGAGAGCGGAGACUUGGCCAACUCGUUCCGGCUGAUCAGUGUAGUCAGUCACAUUGGGAGCAGCUCCUCCUCUGGCCAUUACAUCAGCGACGUGUACGACAUGAAGAAGCAGUCGUGGCUGACCUACAACGACCUGGACGUGUCGCGCACGCAGGAGGCCACGGUGCAGAGAGACCGCGACCGCAGCGGAUACAUCUUCUUCUACAUGCACAAGGAUGUGUUUGAGGAGCUGUCUGAGCUAGAGAGGACAGGGGCCAGUGGAGGAGCCUCUGAGGCAGGGAGGACUGUCCUGCAGCCCCUCUGAGCCACCAGGCUGUCAUCAGUCACACACACACCAAACAACACACACUCCGACAGCACUAAGCUCUCCCCAACAGAUGGGUCAGGUUUGGGAUGAAAGAGAACCCUUCUCCAGUACUACUGAUUGCCGUCCACAUUUUGCCAUCUUCAUGCACUUUGUCCCUUUUUAAAACAACAACAGGCCAUGGUAGCUUCUGUCACAAAGGCAGGCUCAGACGUCAGCACACAGACAGCCAACGUCCUUCUCUCCUGGUCCGUUCAGAAAUGAGACACACAGCGCACUCAAAAGAAAAGAAAGAGUUGACCGUUCUUUGUUUAUUCAACCCUGAGCGAUAUUAGCCCUGAACUUUCAAGGCUUCUAUAUUAAAUGUUCUAUGAUUUGUUGAAUAACUUGAUGUAAAAUAGUUUUUCUUGGCACAUGA